AUGGUGGCAGAAGAGAAGAGACAAGCAUGGGGUAUGCCUCUAGGUGGUUCAUUAUGUCUUCGAAAUGUCUACAUGGUGAUACCGGAAGCCGUCGAGAGGGGAAAGCCAGCCGUGAUAAAAUGCGUGUACGACCUGGAAGCCGAAGAGCUCUACCAAGUAAAGUGGUACCGGGGCGAUCGCGAAUUUUGUAGAUAUUCACCGAGAGACGUGCCCCCGCUGAAGGUCUUCCCGAUUCCCGGAAUAGAAGUGGACCGGGACAACAGCGACGCGGAAAAGCUUACGAUUCUCUCGGCAACGCAAACGGCCCACGGCCGGUACACCUGCGAAGUGUCCGCCGACGCACCGUCCUUCCUCACCGCGCAGGUCCACGGGGCCAUGUAUGUAGUCGACCUUCCCAAAACGGACCCGGAGCUGAACGGCUUGAAACGACGCUACCGGCCCGGGAUGAAGCUGAAGGCGGAAUGCAUCAGUCACGACUCGAUGCCUCCAGCCAAUCUCUCGUUCUUCGUCAACAACGAGCCGGAAAAAAUAACUUGUGGCGCUCUAGGCUCUCUCGCAGCACGUAUGGCACCGAGUGGGCGGAGGCGAAAACGGCAGCCUGUGGACCGCCUACAGCACGAUCCAAUUCGUCGUGCAGAAGCAUCACUUCGUGCGAGGCAAAAUUAA